AUGGACGUGGAAGGUGAUCUUAGUAAUGAAAACUGGUGGAAACACUUGUGGAGAAGCAAGAUCCAUGAAAGAACCAAAUUCUUCCUUUGGAACUUGGCCAAUGAAGGUCUACCAGUUCUUAAUAAUCUUAUUGCCAGAGGUAUGAGUCUGGAGAAUUUGGAGUGCGGUCACGGAUGUCAGAGUUCAGAAAUAGAAAUCCAUCUUUUUUUCCAUUACGAGAUUGCCAAGAGAUUGUGGAACCAAAUUGUUCAUAAAGGUAGUGUGGACAAUAUUGAGGUAGCAUCUACGGUAGUGAUGAAGAGAUUCCAAGAGCUUAAAGAGGCAAUUAGUAGAGAGGAACCAGUCCACAUCCCUCGGACAAGCGACUUUGCUCUACUAUCCCAUGUUUGGAGAAGGCCUUUGGAAGAUGUCAUCAAGCUUAAUAUAGAUGUAGCUAUUAGAAAUGAAGGUAGCCACCUGGCGGUGGUUGCCAGAAAUUCCAGAGGUAAGGUCCUCCACAUUCAAGCUUUCAAUUCGGCUGUGAACAUUCCAGAGACAGCUGAGUUGGAAGCUAUUUUGAAGGCCAUGCAAGUAGCGAAGAAUUUCAGUUGGAGCAGCGUCCAGUUUGAAUCAGAUACUUUAAAUGUGAUCAGAGCUCUUCAGGAUAAAGACAUUACAAACCUUCACUGGACUGCUGAACCUUUCUUUCACACUAUCUCUUUGUAUUUGGAUUUUUUUAGCAACUUUUCUUUUUGGCCCACCUUAUUAGCCAAUGGGUAG